AGCGAGCGGGCGAGCGGGGAGCGCGCGCGGCCCCUGCGCACUCGGCCGCCGCCUGCGCGCGUCGCGGGCCGAGCUUGCACUGUCGCCCCGCGGCUCGGGAGCUGCGCCCCGGGAGGACGCGCCGCCUUGCGCUGCCCGCCCCUUCCCCGCCACAACAGGUCAGGGGAGGGCGGAGGUGACGCGGGCGCACGACCCGGGACUGGACGCAGAAGGGUCUGGAAGAUGAACAGACUUGCCUCUCCCCACUGACGGGCAGCGAUGGCAUUUACUGAAAGAGUCAACAGUCGUGACAACAGUUUGUACAAUGAUGACAGAAACCUGCUUCGAAUUAGAGAGAAGGAAAGACGAAACCAGGAAGCUCACCAAGAAAAAGAGGCAUUUCCUGAAAAGAUCCCCCUUUUUGGAGAGCCCUACAAGACAGCAAAAGGUGAUGAGCUGUCUAGUCGCAUACAGAACAUGCUGGGGAACUAUGAAGAAGUGAAAGAGUUCCUCAGUGCCAAGCCCCACGCCCAUGGCCUGGAUGCUUCUGAAAACAGGCUGGGAAGGCCGAGGUACCCUGUGAUUCCCGACAAGGGGAGCAGCAUUGCACCCCACUCCUUCCCCGCCGGUGUGCCCCGCCAGUCCCUUCUCACUCCUGCCCCUGGCCCCCUCCCUGCCGGUGCCGUGAGCCACAAUCCAAAGAUGGCGCAGCCGCGAAUGGAGCCCAUGCCCAGUCUCCAUGCCAAAAGCUAUGGCCCGCCGGACGGCCAGCACCUGACUCAGGGCCGCCUCGCUCAGGAGGCCUGCGGCUCUCAUCAUCACAAGAAGGGUGACCGCAGAGCUGACGGAGGUCACUGUGCUCCGGUGACGGACUUGGCUCCCGACAGGGCGCUUUCUCCCUUCAUCUCCUCUCUGCCCUCCCCGGUACCCCCGCUGUCACCUGCACAUUCCAGCCAGCAAGCUCUCACCAGAACCCAGGGAGGCGGCAAGGGGCACGGCGGUGACAGUAACGGCAAAGGCUGCUGCCCGGCCAGAUCCCCCAGGGACCUGGCCGUGAAGGUCCCCGGGAAAGAGGCCCCCGAAGACAGCGCGGUGGCCGCUGCCGGCCUCGGGGCCGCCCCCCCGCAGCCGCCUUCUCAGGCGUUCCCGCCGCCCUCGCUGCCCGCCAAGAGCCUGGCCAUGCAGCAGAAGCCCACGGCCUACGUCCGGCCCAUGGACGGCCAGGAGCAGGCGCCCAGCGAGUCCCCGGAGCUGAAGCCGCCGCCCGGGGACUACCGGCCGCAGGCCUUCGAGAAGGCCGGCCCGAAGGCGCCCGCCAGAGCCAGGCUCAGCAAACUGAAGAUGCCGCCUCAGCCGGCCGAGCAGACCUACUCCAAUGAAGCCCAUUGUGUUGAAGAGAUUCUGAAGGAAAUGACCCAUUCAUGGCCGCCUCCCCUGACAGCAAUACACACGCCUAGUACAGCAGAGCCGUCCAAAUUUCCUUUCCCCGCAAAGGAUUCUCAGCACAUCAGUUCUGCAACCCAAAACCAAAAACAAUAUGAUACAUCUUCCAAAACCCACCCCAAUUCUCAGCAAGGAACAUCCAUGCUCGAAGAUGACCUUCAGCUUAGUGACAGUGAGGACAGUGACAGUGAACAGACCCCAGAGAAGCCUCCUUCCUCAUCUGCACCUCCAAGCGCCCCGCAGCCGCUCCCGGCACCGGCGGCCUCAGCACAUUCCAGCAGCGCCGAGUCAGAGAGCACCAGCGACUCCGACAGCUCCUCGGACUCCGAGAGCGAGAGCAGCUCGAGCGACAGCGACGAGAAUGAGCCCCUGGAAGCCCCGGCUGCGGAGCCCGAGCCUCCAACGACAAACAAAUGGCAGCUGGACAACUGGCUGACCAAGGUGAGCCAGCCGGCGGUGGCCCCCGAGGGCCCGGGCAGCGCAGAGCCCCCGCGGCGGCACCAGGAGGGCAAGGGCGGCAGCGACAGUGGCACCGCCAGCCAGGAGCGUCCUGAAUCCAAAGAUCCUCCCCCAAAAAGCUCAGGCAAAGCCCCCCGCGUCCCCUCCGAAGACCCCCAGCUUGGAAAGAGAAGCUGCCCGAAGUCUCUGGCCCAGCAGGAGCCCCCGCAGAGGCAGACGGUGGGCAGCAAACAGCCCCGGAAGGCGGCCAAGGCCCCGGGCCCGGCCCCGGCCGGCCUGCAGGCGGAGGGCGAGCCCGGGCUCCCGCAAGGCCCGAACGACCAGGCGUCCAAAGACAAGCCCAAGGUGAAGACGAAAGGCAGGCCCCGGGCUGCGGGCAGCAGGGAGCCGAGGCCCGCGGCGCCCGCCGCCUGCGACAAGAGGAAGCACAAGAGCUCCGUCCCGGCCCCGUCUAAGGCGCUCGCCGGCCCAGAGGCCACCAAGGACGAUGUGGAGGACAGGAGCCCCGGGCAGUUUGCCCUUGUCCCCCUGACUCAGAGCCAGGGCCCCCCCCACAGUGGCGGCGGCGGUGGCAGGACUAGUGGCUGCCGCCAGGCCGUGGUCGUCCAGGAGGACGGCCGCAGAGACAAACUCCCGUUGCCUCCGAGAGACGCCAGGCUGCUCUCGCCGCUCAGGGACACUCCUCCCCCGCAAAGCCUGAUGGUGAAGAUCAACCUAGACCUCCUGUCGCGGGUCCCCCAGCCCCCCGGGAAGGGGAGCCGCCCAAAGAAACCGGAAGAGAAGCAGCCGCCCACGGGGAAGAAGCAGGAUUCUGAGAAGAGAGGCUCGGACGCCUCGAGCAAGUUGGCCAAAAAGAGAAAGGGUGAAGCAGAAAGAGACUAUGAUAACAAAAAAGUCAGACUGGAGAAAGAAACCAAAUCACAGUCCUCUUCAUCCUCAUCCUCCUCCUCCUCCCACAAAGAAUCUUCUAAAACAAAGACGCCCCGGCCCUCUUCAGAGCCCUCAAAGAAGGAAAUGCUUCCUCCCCCACCAGUGUCCUCCUCCUCCUCCUCCUCCACCGCCGCCUCCCAGAAGCCAGCCAAGCCUGCACAUAAGAGGUCAAGGCGGGAACCAGACGCCUGUGGCCAGGAACCUCCCAAAAGUGCCAGUAAUAGCAAGAGCAACCACAAAGACUCUUCCGUUCCCAAGCACAGAAAAGUGGAGGGGAAGGGCUCCGGAAGCUCCACGGAACACAGAGGACCUUCCAGAGACGCUGCAAACCCUUUUCCAGUGCCUUCGUUGCCAAAUGGUAACUCCAAACCAGGGAAACCGCAAGUGAAGUCUGACAAGUAAGACUUGGGACUCCUUC